AAGCGCUUUGAGCGCCAGCGGCGGUGGAACUCGAGGGGAGGAGACGCUGCUGGUUGGCUGGGCGCUCAGUGGAAAAACAGAAAUCUCGUGUCUCUAACUUUCUGUCUGUAAUACGCGCGUACUCGUCUCACCGCAAACAUGCACGGAGCUCCCUCCGGGGACAGUGCCUGCCCGCUGCGCACCAUCAAGCGGGUCCAGUUCGGCGUCAUCGGGCCUGACGAGUUGAAACGCAUGUCUGUAACUGAAGGUGGAAUUAAAUACCCUGAGACAACCGAGGGCGGCCGCCCCAAGCUGGGAGGAUUGAUGGACCCACGGCAGGGUGUGAUUGAGAGAACUGGGAGAUGUCAGACUUGUGCAGGUAACAUGACUGAGUGUCCCGGGCACUUUGGCCACAUUGAACUGGCCAAACCUGUCUUUCAUGUUGGAUUUUUGGUUAAGACCAUGAAAGUUCUGCGAUGUGUGUGCUUCUUCUGCUCCAAGCUUCUGGUUGAUGCCAACAAUCCAAAGAUUAAAGACAUCCUAAUAAAAUCCAAAGGGCAACCCAAGAAGCGACUGACCCAUGUGUAUGAGUUGUGCAAGGGGAAGAACAUUUGUGAGGGCGGAGAAGAGAUGGACAACAAGUUUGGGGUGGAGCAGACAGAGGGUGAUGAGGAUAUUCAAAAAGAGAAGGGCCAUGGCGGCUGCGGUCGCUACCAGCCACGGAUACGCCGUACAGGGCUGGAGCUCUAUGCUGAAUGGAAACACGUGAAUGAGGAUUCCCAGGAGAAGAAAAUCUUGUUGAGUCCCGAGCGCGUACACGAGAUCUUUAAGCGCAUCACAGACGAGGAAUGCUUUAUAUUGGGAAUGGAUCCCCGAUUCGCUCGUCCUGAGUGGCUCAUUGUCACUGUCCUGCCGGUGCCCCCCUUGUCUGUGCGACCGGCAGUCGUAAUGCAGGGCUCUGCCAGAAAUCAGGAUGACUUGACACACAAACUGGCCGAUAUCGUGAAGAUUAAUAAUCAGCUCAGGAGAAAUGAGCAAAAUGGAGCUGCAGCCCACGUCAUAGCAGAGGAUGUGAAACUUCUUCAGUUCCAUGUGGCAACAAUGGUGGAUAAUGAGCUUCCUGGUCUGCCCAGGGCCAUGCAGAAGUCUGGACGCCCCCUAAAGUCUCUAAAACAGAGGUUAAAGGGCAAGGAGGGGCGAGUUCGAGGAAACCUAAUGGGCAAGCGUGUGGACUUCUCUGCUCGAACCGUCAUCACACCCGACCCCAACCUUUCUAUCGAUCAGGUUGGGGUGCCGAGGUCCAUUGCUGCAAACAUGACCUUCCCUGAGAUUGUCACUCCUUUCAACAUCGACAGGCUGCAGGAGUUAGUGCGCCGUGGGAACAGCCAGUACCCUGGGGCCAAGUACAUUAUCCGAGAUAACGGCGAUCGUAUUGAUCUGCGGUUCCACCCCAAGCCCAGCGAUCUACACCUACAGAUUGGUUACAAGGUGGAGAGACACAUGUGCGACGGAGAUAUAGUCAUCUUUAACAGACAGCCCACGUUGCACAAGAUGUCUAUGAUGGGGCACAGAGUUCGGAUCCUACCAUGGUCCACGUUCCGUCUGAACCUAAGUGUAACCACUCCGUACAACGCUGACUUUGAUGGGGACGAGAUGAACCUUCACCUUCCUCAGUCUCUGGAGACACGGGCAGAAAUUCAGGAGCUGGCUAUGGUUCCCAGGAUGAUUGUGACUCCUCAGUCCAACAGACCCGUCAUGGGUAUUGUGCAGGACACACUGACAGCAGUGCGCAAAUUCACCAAGAGAGAUGUCUUUCUGGAAAGGGGCGAGGUGAUGAAUUUACUGAUGUUCUUGUCCACGUGGGACGGGAAGGUUCCCCAACCAGCCAUCCUGAAACCACGGCCUCUCUGGACUGGAAAGCAGAUCUUCUCUCUCAUCGUCCCAGGGCACAUUAACUGUAUUCGAACCCACAGCACCCAUCCUGACGAUGAGGACAGUGGCCCCUAUAAACACAUCUCUCCUGGGGACACAAAGGUGAUUGUGGAGAAUGGGGAGCUUAUUAUGGGAAUUCUGUGCAAGAAAUCUCUGGGAACUUCAGCUGGAUCCUUGGUCCAUAUUUCCUAUUUGGAAAUGGGUCACGACACUACCCGUCUGUUCUACUCCAAUAUUCAGACUGUCAUUAACAACUGGCUGCUUAUAGAGGGUCAUACCAUUGGAAUUGGUGACUCCAUUGCUGAUGCCAAAACAUAUCAGGACAUUCAGAAUACCAUCAAAAAGGCCAAGCAAGAUGUAAUAGAGGUCAUAGAGAAAGCCCAUAACAACGAGCUGGAGCCCACCCCCGGGAACACCCUGCGUCAGACAUUCGAGAACCAAGUCAACAGGAUCCUGAACGAUGCCAGAGACAAAACCGGCUCCUCCGCCCAGAAAUCUCUCUCCGAGUACAACAACUUCAAGUCCAUGGUGGUGUCUGGGGCCAAGGGAUCAAAGAUCAACAUUUCCCAGGUUAUUGCUGUGGUCGGCCAGCAGAACGUGGAGGGAAAACGCAUUCCGUUUGGGUUCAAACAUCGAACGCUGCCGCACUUUAUUAAGGAUGAUUAUGGCCCUGAGAGUAGGGGCUUUGUGGAGAACUCCUACCUUGCUGGCCUGACCCCAACCGAGUUCUUCUUUCACGCCAUGGGAGGCAGAGAGGGUCUGAUUGAUACAGCUGUAAAAACUGCUGAGACAGGCUACAUCCAGAGACGACUGAUCAAGUCUAUGGAGUCUGUCAUGGUAAAGUACGAUGCUACGGUGAGAAAUUCCAUCAACCAGGUGGUGCAGCUGCGCUACGGAGAGGACGGCUUGGCCGGGGAGGGUGUCGAGUUCCAGAAUCUGGCCACAUUGAAGCCUUCAAACAAAGCAUUUGAGAAAAAGUUUAAGUUUGAUUACGCCAAUGAGCGCGCCCUGCGCCGGACUCUACAGGAAGAUGUCGUCAAGGAGAUUCUCAGCGACGCCCACGUACAGAACGAACUGGAGAAGGAGUUUGAGAAGAUGAAGGAGGACCGAGAAGUUCUCAGGGUCAUAUUCCCAACUGGGGACAGUAAGGUGGUCCUUCCCUGUAACCUUCAGAGAAUGAUCUGGAACGCUCAGAAGAUCUUUCACAUCAAUACACGGAUGCCCUCGGAUCUGCACCCCAUUAAAGUUGUAGAAGGGGUAAGGGAGCUCAGCAAGAAACUGGUGAUUGUAAAUGGGGAUGAUCCCCUCAGCCGACAGGCGCAGGAAAAUGCCACCCUGCUGUUCAACAUCCACCUGCGCUCCACCCUCUGCAGCCGGAGAAUGGUGGAGGAGUUCAGGCUGAGUGGAGAGGCUUUUGACUGGCUCUUGGGGGAGAUCGAGUCCAAGUUUAACCAAGCUGUUGCCCACCCAGGAGAGAUGGUGGGGGCUUUGGCUGCCCAGUCCCUAGGAGAGCCGGCCACUCAGAUGACUCUGAACACCUUCCAUUAUGCCGGCGUGUCGGCUAAAAACGUCACCCUGGGGGUCCCGCGUCUGAAGGAACUGAUCAACAUCUCCAAGAAACCGAAAACUCCUUCUCUGACUGUGUUCCUGCUGGGGCAGUCUGCUCGGGAUGCCGAGAGGGCAAAGGAUAUCCUGUGCCGCCUGGAGCACACCACUCUGCGCAAGGUCACGGCCAACACUGCCAUUUAUUAUGACCCAAACCCCCAAAAUACCGUCGUUUCCGAGGACCAGGAGUGGGUGAAUGUGUACUACGAAAUGCCAGACUUUGAUGUGACCCGGAUCUCCCCCUGGCUGCUCCGCGUGGAGCUGGACCGGAAGCACAUGACUGACCGCAAACUCACCAUGGAGCAGAUCGCUGAGAAGAUCAAUGCAGGCUUUGGAGAUGAUCUGAACUGUAUAUUCAAUGAUGACAAUGCUGAGAAACUGGUUCUGAGAAUCCGGAUCAUGAACAGUGAAGAGAAUAAGAUGCAAGAUGAGGAGGAAGUCGUGGACAAGAUGGACGACGAUGUGUUUCUGCGUUGCAUUGAGUCAAACAUGCUGACUGACAUGACUCUGCAGGGGAUCGAGCAGAUCAGCAAGGUGUACAUGCACCUCCCCCAGACUGACAAUAAGAAGAAGAUCAUUAUUACAGAGGACGGCGAGUUCAAGGCCCUACAGGAAUGGAUUCUGGAAACAGACGGCGUCAGUCUCAUGCGAGUCCUGAGCGAGAAGGAUGUGGAUCCCGUCAGAACCACCUCAAACGAUAUCGUGGAAAUAUUUACGGUCCUGGGCAUUGAAGCUGUCAGGAAAGCCCUGGAGAGGGAGUUGUACCACGUCAUCUCGUUUGAUGGUUCUUAUGUCAACUACCGGCACUUGGCGCUGCUGUGCGACACCAUGACUUGCCGGGGGCAUCUAAUGGCCAUCACCCGGCACGGUGUCAACAGGCAGGACACGGGGCCACUCAUGAAAUGUUCCUUUGAGGAAACGGUGGAUGUGCUGAUGGAAGCCGCUGCCCAUGGGGAGUCGGAUCCCAUGAAGGGGGUAUCGGAGAAUAUUAUGCUGGGGCAGCUGGCGCCGGCAGGAACUGGCUGCUUUGACUUACUGUUGGAUGCAGAAAAAUGUAAAUUCGGCAUGGAGAUUCCCACCAACAUUCCCGGGCUCGGAGCGGGGGGACCGACCGGCAUGUUUUUCGGUACUGCCCCCAGCCCUAUGGGCGGCAUGUCCCCUGCCAUGACCCCUUGGAACCAGGGAGCUACCCCAGCGUAUGGAGCCUGGUCCCCCAGCAUCGGAAGCGGAAUGACCCCGGGAGCUGCCGGUUUCUCCCCAAGUGCCGCCUCCGAUGCCAGCGGCUUCAGCCCAGGUUACUCCCCGGCUUGGUCCCCCACCCCUGGCUCUCCUGGAUCCCCGGGGCCCUCAAGUCCCUACAUUCCCUCCCCAGGUGGCGCUAUGUCUCCAAGUUACUCUCCUACCUCCCCUGCGUAUGAACCCCGAAGCCCUGGGGGCUACACCCCCCAGAGCCCCAGCUAUUCCCCAACGUCCCCCUCCUACAGCCCAACGUCCCCUUCCUACUCCCCUACAUCUCCCAACUACUCUCCUACAUCUCCCAGUUAUUCUCCCACUUCUCCCAGUUACUCUCCAACCUCCCCAUCUUACAGCCCCACCUCUCCUUCCUACUCUCCCACAAGCCCAAGUUACUCCCCCACUUCCCCCAGCUAUAGCCCUACAAGUCCCAGUUACUCCCCGACGUCUCCCAGUUACUCGCCAACUUCUCCCAGCUACAGCCCGACAUCACCCAGCUACUCCCCAACGUCUCCCAGUUACAGCCCCACAUCCCCCAGUUACUCUCCUACAAGUCCCAGCUACUCUCCCACAAGCCCCAGUUACUCUCCGACAUCUCCAUCUUACAGCCCCACGUCUCCCUCCUACUCUCCCACCUCCCCCAACUACUCCCCUACUUCCCCCAACUAUACACCAACAUCUCCCAGCUACUCCCCCACCUCCCCCAGUUACAGUCCCACCUCCCCCAGUUACUCCCCUACAUCUCCUAAUUACAGCCCAACCAGCCCUAGCUACUCUCCCACAUCUCCCAGUUACUCGCCCUCCAGUCCCCGCUACACCCCCCAGUCUCCCAGCUACACGCCAAGCUCCCCCAGUUACAGCCCCAGUUCCCCCAGUUACUCUCCUACCAGCCCCAAAUACACCCCGACAAGCCCCUCCUACAGCCCCAGCUCCCCAGAGUACACCCCAACGUCUCCCAAAUACUCUCCAACCUCCCCCAAAUACUCGCCAACCUCGCCCAAGUAUUCGCCAACCUCGCCCACAUAUUCUCCCACAACUCCCAAGUACUCGCCCACCUCUCCCACCUACUCGCCAACUUCACCCGUCUACACCCCAACCUCCCCAAAGUACUCUCCAACCUCUCCCACCUACUCUCCCACCUCCCCCAAAUACUCUCCCACCUCCCCAACAUAUUCCCCAACCAGCCCCAAAGGCUCCACCUACUCCCCCACCUCCCCGGGGUAUAGCCCCACCUCCCCGACCUACAGCCUCACCAGCCCGGCAAUCAGCCCAGAUGACAGUGAUGAGGACAACUGAGUGGGCGGUGCCACUUGGGUGGACCCAUUGGACCAUGUUGGCGGAGAGCUUGGCAGCCAAUCGCUGCUGCUUUGGACCUUGACGGCGCGGGCCGUGUGCCCAGGCCGAGACUCUGGUUAUUUCUAUAUCGUAAUGGGAAUUUUAACGCAUUUGGCAACCCCCACGCAGUUUUAUUUGCACUUACCCUGCCGCCAAACGAUUCCUUUAGUCCCACGGAAGAGAAAAGGGGGGUUGGACUUGAAGUUCUGUUUUUUGUGACUUUUGAUUCCUUUUUAAGCUGCUUUCUUUGUGCCGAGAUCCCCUCUCCUCCUCGCGCUUCUACAAUAGACGCAUUUCUAAAGGUUGAAUUUAGGGACGUUAAUGUCUGAUGUGAAGCCCCCCCUGUAUUUCUCUAAUAAUAAAUUGCUCUGUAAUUUGC